ACCUGCGCGGCGCACGGCUCGGCGUACGCAAAACAAAAUGUCCGCCAGAGACCUUGCAUUCUCGCGCAAUUUAAUCAAACGCUUCAUAGCCCUGUACAAAGAAUCACCAUGUCUAUGGAACAGAAAGUGCAUCGCGUACAAACAUAAACAAAAGAGGAACGAAGCGAUAGCCCGCUUGACUGAAUUAGUACGCAAGCACGACCCUACCGCGACCAAGGUGCAUGUGUUGAGGAAGAUCGAGAGUAUGCGCGCAUGUGUGCGUAGGGAAUAUAAAAAAGUACAGGCCAGUAUUUCGCGCGCGAAAUGCGAUGACGAUGUGUACGUGCCGCAUCUGUGGUAUUAUAAGUUGUUGUCUUUCGCGUUUACUGAUGAAUCCGAUGAUAAUAAAAUGAAGGUUGAAUUUGAAGCUGAGGAAGAUAGCGUUGAGAGUGAUAAUCCAGAUGUAUCGGAAGAUACGUUCGAACCAGCUCCACAUGUGUAUACAGACUAUGCCAUUACCAGCAAUGUACUUGGUGGAGUUCCAGAUUCGAGCGUAUAUAAACACACUGAGGAUGAUAGCAAGAGAAAACAGCAUUGCACCGAAGUUGAUGAUGAAUAUGACGCUAUAGGUAUAAAUGUAGCAGCAAAGCUUCGAGGGCUACCUUCUAACAUGAGAAUAUUAGCUGAAAAACUGAUAAACGAUGUUUUGUUUCAAGCACAGACAAACACGCUUUCUUCAUCAACAACCAUAACUACGCCAGAUCCUUUUAAAUAUAAUAAAUAAACAAUAUACUUAGAAAAAAAGUUAAGGAAUA